AUGGAGAAGCUGGUUGCUUGUCCAUACAAAAGGCCAAAUGCUCUUUGUAGGCUGAUUUGCUUUCCGUGGGCUGGAGGUGGAACUUCUCAAUUUGCUCAAUGGGGCAAACUCUUCAGCAGCUCAAUUGAAGUGUCCUCCAUAAGGCUUCCUGGAAGAGAAUCUCGUGUUAAGGAGCCUUUUGCAAAAGACGUGCCAACCAUAGUUAAUGAAAUUACAAGUGUUUUGUUAAAGGAAUUUCAAGAAAAACCAUUUGCAUUUUUUGGUCACAGUUUUGGAUCUUAUAUUAGUUUUGCAGUUGCACUACACUUGAAAGAGCAGUAUGGACUAGAGCCCAUCCAUCUUUUUGUAUCAGGGGCACAUGCUCCACAUUCUGAAGCAUUUCUUCCCAUCAAAAGCAUACCCAUAUGUGAUGCAGCAGAUGAAGACGUUCUUACAUAUCUACAAAUUUUAGGAGGAACUCCUUCUGAGUUUCUGCAAAAUGAAGACAUUAAGAAACAUCUGAUCCUUACUUUCAAAGAAGACCUUAGAGUUCUUCAGACAUUUUCUUUUGAGAAGGCAGACAGGAAUGUCCCCUUCUCUUGUGAUAUUACCUGCUUUAAUGGGUCUGAAGACAAACCACAUGAUCUAGAAGCAUGGCACGAUCUAACGAGUGGCGAUAUUUCCUUUUACAAGCUUCCUGGAGGUCACUUUUAUCUGCUGGAACCCUCUAAUGAAAUUUUCUUGACAAAACAUAUAACAAGAUGUAUAGAAAAUGCUGGUCUUUGA